AUGCACCCAUUGGCUGUCUUUCUAAUAGUCAACGUUCUAAUCAGAGGCACAGUGGGUAUCGAGAUAUGGGUGGACUAUCCUUACCAAGUGUCAGUCGAAAAGGAAGGUUUUCCAAUAUGCAGCGGAUCCAUUAUUAAUCAUCGUUUCAUCCUCACUGCUGCACAGUGUGUCUACCAGAAACAUCCGUCAGAUAUCACGGUCAGGGCUGGGCACAAGUAUUUAUUAAGUGGUGGUGACACUUAUUCAGCUGAUCAACUGAUUUGCCAUUGGCAUUAUGACAUUUUGACGAGCCGGGGUGAUAUUGCAUUGAUACGCGUGGCUAAAGACAUUGUAUACAAUGAGCGAGUUCAGCCAAUCAGACUUUCUGCUACCUACCUGUUCCCUAUGCAGCAAAAUGCAGUUGUGACUAGUUGGGGAAGUCUAACGCAAAGUAUUGAAUUAUAUGCCUGGUUGUACCAGACAAACGUGACCUUAAUAAUGCAAGAUACAUGCCAAAUGUGUUGGCCUGUGAUGGAAGGAAAUAUAUGCGCAUUGGAGGAUUCAUAUCGAAAAAGAUGCACGGGCAAGAACGCUGGCGAUCCUUUGAUUUUGUACGGUGAACUCAUCGGAAUUGUCUCUUACGCCACACUAUGUACGAUCGACUAUCCCGACCUCUACACCGCAGUGUAUUAUUACAAAACGUGGAUUGAUAAUCACGCCACCAGUUCGGGAAUUCAAACGCAUCCUAAUAUGGGGACCGCCGCAGUGAUGUUUGCUGUGUCAACGAUCGUGAUGUAUUUACAUUCACUGUACCAACAAUGUUAA